AUGAGGGCGGGUUACAGGAAUGGCUGGAUUGAGGGGCGUGCAUUCCACAGGGAUAAGGAACAAAAAGAGUUCGAGCGUUUACAACGCUGUGGCGAGAAUGAUGAAGAGGAGGAGGAAGAGGAGGAGGAAGCUGGCCAAAAGAGUUGCUCAUCCUCAACAGGCUGUGGUAUGGUGUUCCGGCCGGAUCCCUCAGGUCUGUGGUGGGAAGAUCCCGCAGCAUUUUGGCUGUAUGAAGAUGAUCCUGAAGAAGGGAUCUUGACGGAUGACCCUAAUUACGAAUACCAAGGUGCUUCAGAUUAUGAAAUCCUGGAGUACGACUCACAGGCCAGCGGAGAUGAAGGUAUCUCCGAAAAUGCCAAGGAUGUUGACAAUCUCGAGCGAACCGAGGCUGAAGAGUGGCUUUUCAAGGUACCGGGCCCGGACUCUCCGGAGUUUGACACGGAAUUUCUGCCUCUAGAUUCGCCAUUGGGUGCGCCGUUAUACUUCAAACUCAACAACGGUGGACGUCAGGCUAAUGUGGCUGCUUUGGCGAAAGCAAGCCGCCUAGAGCAUAUCGGGGGCCCAGGCUGCCGACAUGAUCAGGCGUACAUUGGAAAGCAUAUUUCCACGGAGGAGAUGAGAGGUUGCCAUACUGUCCAAGGUAUCCUUUGGAAGAAACCAGGCUCGAAACCCCAAUCUGAUGACCUCGAAUUUGAGCAUGAAAGCCACUAUUUUCUGACCGGUAUUGCUGAGAGGAUGCCGUCUUCAGGGACCUGGUUGGACUGUUACCCCGUCCGGUAUGGUGCUGAUGACCGCGUCACAACCGAAACGAAUUUUGUUCUUGAGACGACCCAAGAGGAACUGAGAAGCAUCGCGCUUCCCUUCCAUCCAACUUGCUUUGAGCUUUAUAUACAGGCCACGAGACUAUGCAACGACCGCGUCGACCUUGACACCUUGGUCCAUAUUAGAGACCGGGCAUGUAUUGAGCGGAAGAAUUUUCCUGUGAAAUAUCAUGAGGAUGUUGUGGAUGCAACAGACCAGUGUUGGCAGCAUAAAGUCGGGCAUGAAUAUCUCGUUGCAAAUCCAGUGUUUGUUCCUGGCCUUAGGGACAUCCUGGAGUCAGCUAUCUCCACCGAUGAAAGCUUCAGCGUGCACAACAGCGCCUUCGAGAACAGGUCUCUACAGGCGGGUCGUCUCCUCUCGCAAGAUCCUUUUCUGGUCUUACCUCCUGAAAUCAGCCAAAGAAUUGCCAGCCACCUCAACUCUUCCGAUGUUGCUAGCCUUCGACUCUCCUCUCGUGCAUUCACGCACCUUCCAAUCUGGUUCUUUCGUCAAUUUGUCCUCCAUGAGAUGCCUUGGUUAUACGAAGCAUGGUCCCCCCAGACGAAUCCCUACUAUUGGGCAACCGUUGCAGCUCGUGAUUUGCUUGAUGAGAAACAAGUGCACGCGAAUUUUAUUCGGGAUAUUGAGCAACGGCGUGAAAUAAUUCGUCAAUACGAACCGGAGAUUUAUGACGAAUUUGUUGCGAAUGAGCCCGAAUGGGAGUCGCCAGAGCACCCUAGUUGGCAGGAGAUUCUAGACAUAGGACCAAUCACCCUACCACGGGAUAAAACCAACUGGUAUAUUGUGUUUUGUCGAAUUAGGUCAAACUGGGGCCGGUUAAAGGGGCUGCGGAACCGCGCGCGAAUUUGGGACAACGUGAAGCAGGUUGUGAAUGCGAUUAAGAAGGCUAGGGAGGGCGUCGACUUUUACCUAGAGGAAGAGGAAGAGGGAAGACGACGAUAA